ACGUGACUCCACCUGUGACGUCACUUUUAAAGAUGGCCGCUCCCUGUAAGGCAACGCUGCUCCUGUAAUCCGGCUAAACUUGUAUGAAUAAAGAGGGAAACAGAGAUUUUAUUCCGCAUUACAUAUCAGUCGAGUGUUGUAGCACUUGUUGCGGAGAUGAAGGCCUUCUGUGGGAGAGCCAACCCGACCACCGGAGCUCCAGACUGGCUGGAGGAGAGCGAGGAGUACGACUAUCACCAGGAGAUAGCCAGGUCUUGUUUUGCAGACAUGCUCCAUGAUCAUGACAGGAAUGAGAAGUACUACCAGGGCAUCCGGGCAGCUGUGGCCCGAGUGAAGGCCCGAGGUGAAAAGGUGGUUGUGUUGGACAUUGGGACAGGGACAGGCCUGCUGUCUAUGAUGGCUCUCACUGCUGGAGCUGACUUCUGCUACGCUGUGGAGGUUUUUAAGCCAAUGGCUGAGGCAGCACAGUGUAUUGUGGAGAAGAACGGCUUCUCUGAGAAGGUCAAGAUUAUCAACAAACACUCUACAGAGGUCACUGUGGGGCCAGAUGGAGAUAUGCGGAUGAAGGCCAAUGUUCUGAUCACAGAACUGUUUGAUACUGAGCUGAUAGGAGAAGGAGCUCUGCCAAGCUACGAACAUGCUCACCAAAACCUGGUCCAGGAAGGCUGUGAGGCUGUCCCACACCGAGCCACCGUCUACGCUCAGCUGGUGGAGUCAGAGCUGCUCUGGAGCUGGGCUCAGCUGCAGCCGGUAGAGGUGGAAGGGGCCCGUGUGGUCCCGCCCCCUGAUGUGGGACGCUGUGCAGGAGCUCAUGCAGUGUGUGAUAUCCAGCUGAGCCAGGUGUCUCCUCUCAGUUUCACCCCCCUGAGUCCUCUCUGCACCUUGUUCAGUGUGGAUUUCAGUAAACCAGUCAGCAGUGCAUCACAGACCCACUCCUCCCAGUUUGUGGCUCAGUCCAGCGGUCAGGCCCAGGUGGUCCUGUCCUGGUGGGACCUGGACAUGGAUCCCAGUGGAAGCAUAGUUUGCAGCAUGGCUCCCAGCUGGACGUACACACAACCAAAGACGGCACCAUGGCGGGACCACUGGAUGCAGAGUGUGUACUUCUUGCCUUUGGAGAGCAGUGUGACAAAAGGAGAGGAUCUGAGUCUGACUGUUUGCCAUGAUGACUACAGUCUGUGGUACAGCCUCCAGCUUCACAGGCAGCAGGACUCUCAGACUGUGGCUCCUCCCUCUCGGCCGUGCUGUACCUGUCAGGCUCACCUGGUUUGGACUCGGCCACGUUUCGGAGAACUUAACGACAGACGGCGUACAGAGAGCUACGUCAGUGCACUGCGCAGUGUCCUGAAGGAGGACAGCGUGUGUCUCAGUGUGAGCGAUGGCAGUCUGCUUCCUGUGUUUGCUAACAUACUUGGAGCAAAAAAGGUCUAUGGUUUGGAAAACUCCCGGAUGUCCAAACAGGUUAUUGAGCAGGUGUUGGAAACCAACUCGAUAAAAGGAGGUGUGGAGCUGCUGGAGAUCAGUCCGGAGCAGCUGAGCAGUGAUGACCUAGGAGGGGAACAGAUCUCAGUCCUGAUGGGUGAACCGUACUUCAGCACCAGCCUCUUACCCUGGCACUCUCUCUUCUUCUGGUACUGUCGGACCGCACUGGCAGGCCUCCUCCAGCCAAACGCCACUGUACUGCCCCGCUCGGCCUCCCUGCACAUGAUGGCUGUGGAGUUCACGGACCUGUGGAGGAUAAGAGCACCAUGUGGGACAUGUGAAGGCUUUGAUGUGUCUCCCAUGGAUGAAAUGGUCCAGCGAUCACUAGAUUUCCGUGAGUCCCGUGAGGCCGAGCCCCACCCUCUGUGGGAGUACCCGUGCCGCGCUCUGACCCAGUCCUCAGCCGUCAUGACCUUUGACUUCACACAGUGCCUUCCUCAACAGCCAAUCAACUGUGAGGGCUCACUGCCUCUAAUAAGGGUGGGUCGUUGCCACGGUAUUGCGUUGUGGAUGGAAUAUCACCUAACCAAUGACAUCACUGUUAGUGCAGGUCUGAUUGGACCAAUCACUGAGCAGGGCGAGUGCGAGUGGAGUCGACACAGAAAACAAGGAGUGUAUUUUUUCAGCUCGCCGUGGGACAGCUCAGGUGACGGUCGUGCUUCAGUGUCUUACAACUUCACCUUUGAACCCAGUUUAGGAGACAUAAAGAUGGACUUCGGUGUUGAGUCUCAGUAACUGCAGUAAUGCUGAGAUUUUCACCUCCUAAUACUGUUCUGUUUGCUUUUUGGCUGUUUGGGUUGCAUAAAUAACAUCUGUGGAUCAGCUUAUGAUGUAAAAUCCUCUGACCAAAUGUCAGUGUUUGUAGACAGAGACAAUGUAAAAACAACACCCAAAGGAUACCAAUCAAUCAGUGCAUAAUAGGAGUCAACUAUAAGUAGAUCUCAAUGUUUUGAUCAAUUCUUUAAUGUAUUAAACUGCUUACUCCAUCAUAUCAAAGUUAUAUGUACCAAACCAGCUGAGUCAUGGAUGAAAAUGUUUCUUUAAAAAGAAACCGCUGAGGUCAUUUCAUCCGAAAAAAUGGUACAAACUUGUGUGUAUUUACCAGAGAUCACAAACAGCUGCUGUGUAGUAACUGGUCAGCCUCAAAGCCAAGCUCACUGAAAUGUUUUUUAAAGCUUUAUAUUUGUUAUCCUGUGUUUUGUACUAUCCACUUUCCAUGAAGAGAACAGACUUCAAUCCUCACUGCGGAGCGCUCGGAUCCAAUAUUGUUCCAAAGACUGUUACUGUUGGACACUGUGCGCAAUAAACAGACGACACGUG